AUGGCAUCCACUCCUUCGAACCGACACAAGCUUACGCCCGCCAGCUCUCCCUUCGUCACCAGGACUUCUAGGUCCCCAGGUCCUCAACGGUCUCGUGCCAUCAAUGAGACCUGCUUGUCCCUCAGGCGUGUCAUAGGCACCACUUGCUCCUCGCCGACCGGCUUCGAUUCCGUCCACUCCUCUUUCGCCUACAUUGCUGGCGGAGCUGUUGUAGUGGUUGACGUAUCCGGCGAGCAUUAUUCCCAACGCUUUUACCGAGCCCGUCCCUCGGCAGUCCCCGUCUUUGCCCUUUCACCCGUCUCCCACACUACCGCGGCGAAUGCCAAUCCGACACCGAAAGCCAAUGACAGUAGGAACAGGACUACCGCUUCACAGAGGGAAUUGGCUUAUCAGACAGCCGACUCUUCACAGACUUGGACAAGUCGCGAGCGCAUAAAGGCUGCCACUUGCCUUGGCCUCAGUCGGGAUGGACGAUACCUGGCUGUGGGUGAAACGGGCUAUGCCCCUCGCGUCCUUAUCUUCAACCUCCAAGAUGCCUCUUCCGAUACGCCAUUGGUGUCCAUCAGUGAACAUGCAUUUGGAGUCAAGGCCGUAACAUGGUCACCAGACACAAAGUUUUUGGCUUCUCUGGGCGCUGCCAACGAUGGGUUCCUUUACAUAUGGAAGGUUGACACGAGAACUGGCGCCGCCAGGCUCUUUCAACAAAACCGCUGUACCUCUCACGUCAAGGGUAUGGUCUGGAUGGGCAACAAUUUGAUCACAUUGGGUGUCCGUCACAUCAAGGUUUGGAGGGUUGAAGAACCUCCGCCGCCUGUCUCUCCGAUGAAGGCCAAAUUUUCCCAACAGGAGGUGGCCUGUUCAGCCGCCCAGCUGGCCCAGAAACCAUUGCCUGGCCGAAAUAUUCUGUUGGGUUCCAUGCUGGACGCCACGUUCAGCUGCGCUCUUGCACUUGAUGAAAAUAGAGCCAUCAUCUGCUCAGAAACGGGCAGUAUCUGUCUCUUGGAUGACACCAACAAGCAAAUGAAACUAACACGACUACUGGAUCUGAACUUCCACGUUAGCUGCAUAUCGAUGAGGAAUGAAACGCUCUACAUCGGCGGGAAGGAUGGUCAGCUAUCAACCCUCGCACUCGAUGGUGUCUUGGAAGGCACCCCUGACCCCACAAUUCACAAUCCUCAUACGUCUGACGGCCUUGUCGCCCUGGGAUUCCUCGCCGACAACUUCGUCACGAUUGACAGCCGCCGAACGAUCAACAUUUGGAGUCCUGAUCAUAUUCCGGCCGUAUCAUCCGACGACCCGCACCACAUUCCAAUUCCUGGCGCCGGCGACAUUGUUGGAAUACAAGAGCUUCCUGGGUUAAACGGCGCGGACUCAUGCUUCGUCACCUGGUCUGCCUCUGGAAGGAUCAAUAUGUGGAACCUGGACGGCCUGAUCAAGUUAACACUUGAUGUUCCCGUGGACCAGGUGGAGAACAACACCGAUGGCGAGCAACCGGCCAAUCAGCUAGUGGUGGUGAGAGCCACGAACGAUGGGAGUCUCUUUGUUGUGGGAGACAAGCUUGGCGUUCUUCGCAUCAUUGACGCCUCUACGAGAGUUUGUUUACUCGAAACGAAGGCACAUUCCUCCGAUUGCCAGGAUAUUGCCAUCUUCGAGGACGAGUCAAGGCUCCUUAUCGCAUCAUGCGGCAGAGACCGCACAGCUCAAUUGUUUCACCGAACAUCCUCCGGUGCAUUUGAUCACUUUCAAACGCUGGAAUUUAGCGCCAAGGUCGUCCAGGUUUUGAUACCCUCCCGCGACAAAGUCCUCACUUGCUCGCUGGACCGUACCCUUCAGGUACACGAUCUGGUUACGAAAGAGAGUGACCCUGAUGUCAUGGCAGCCAUUUCUUCAAGGGUUAUUACGCUACGGGCUUCGCCAUCCUCAAUGGUGGUAACACCUCUUGGAAAGUCAAUCUUUGUAUCACUUUUGGAUCGCUCAGUUUUAUGGCCAAACCGGGGGGACAUGGGCUUCUUGCUUGGCAUUUCCAACACAGACAAAUCUAUCCGGGUAUACGACGCUCACUCUGGGACCUUCAUGGGCCGUGAAUGGGGUCACACGGAAGCCAUCAACGGUGUGGUCAUGGUCGAGGGCGGGCAGGUUGGUAGAAAGAUUAUCAGUGUCGGAGAGGAUGGGACUAUCAUGGUUUGGGGACUGGAUAUACAGUUUCCAGUGACUGGUUCCAGGAACCGCGAUCCUUCGCCUGACAAGACCGCCAGCUCAAGGGCCAACCACCCGUCUGCACACAGUCGACCGCCACUCAGGAGGGUGUUAUCAAAGGCUGAGCUAGCCGAGUUUCAACGACCAUCUUCAUCCCAUGCCGGCAGCAGCAGACAGCGCCGUCUCUCACCCAGUCGAGCACAACCCCGUCGUUCCUCUCAACAACACGCAGCGACUUCCACCGCACGCACACCAGUAACAUCGGGGAAGCGGGUAAGCCCCGACGGUACCGGAUCAAUUCGAAUCAAACGCAAUGCCCUACGUCGGACAUCUUCAGGAGCAGGCAGCAGAUCCGAAAGCCCGCCUUCCGAGGACAACGGCAUAUACCGUCGUUGCGCAUCCCCCCCGCUUAUCAACGGUGACGUGACACGCGCAGCCUCCACCGUCCGCUCGUCCGCCCGCAAGAAGACCAGUCAGUCAAACCUCCGAAGCAAUACCGCCCCUAGUACAUCGGCAGGGCCCAGCAGCGCCAACGGCCACGGCUUUGGUUCCCUCAGCGCAGCCACCGAGCAGACUUGCCGCCAACUACGAGCCUACCGCAAAAAGCUGGCAAGCUCGGACGCUAUUAGCGGCGACAUCUUGGCCGAACUCGAUGCCGAACUGCGACUUACCGCGGCCGCCCUCGGCGAGCGGGCGAUCCGCAGCCGGAGCAGGAGGCCUCAUUUGCAGAACCACCACAGCUACUGCAGCCACGGCAGCGAUCGUGAACGUGGUCACGGUCAUCACGACAGAGAGAAGGCGCUCAGCGAAAGCAUGCUCACCAACCUGCUGGACCAGUAUAGUGAACGGUUGGUCAGCAUGUUGGAUGAGAAGCUGAGGAUAAGGCUGCUGAGCGAGGAAGAGAGGGAGGCGUUGAUGAGUGCAAGGCAGAGUCAGCGGCCGACGACGUCUGGAGGAGGGUCGACGAGCUCAGGGGCGUCGGGGGUUACGGAGGGGAGGAGUGGGAGCAGCUCGAUCGGGAGCACGAUCAUGUGCAUCGAUGGAGAUGGGAUGAUGAUGAUGCAGGAAGAGGAGGACGGUGGGGAGGCGGACGGGGAGACCGAAUGUGACGGAGAGGGAGGGGCAGACACUGAGGCGGAGGAUUUUUGCGGUGAUGAAAGAGGGAGGGAGAGUGGUGGGUUGAAUGAGAGGAUGAUGGGGUUGGAUUUACAUUGCUAGGCAAAUGGAAGAAAGCAAAAGAGGAACCAGGAAAGGAUCAGAAACAAAAAACAACCAAAGUGGACAAGAUACCCCUUCUGAACAAUAUUUCCUUUUCUUAUCACGACUUCAAGAACAGUAACACAACCUACCCAUUUGUGCGAGCCACGCACUUCUCUUUUUGUCAAACACUUUUUUUUUGUAUCAACAGAUUGGAGAGAAUCAUCGACUGCAAUAUGCAUUGGAGUGGCAUUGUGCAUUAUCUGGGAGAUUAGAAGGCGGGCGGUAGAUGGGGGUUAAGGCGGACCGGGGAAAGAAGGAGUGAUGGAUUGAAGUGCUCUAUAAUUCACUCGAGGCGUUAUAGGUAGUUAAUUAGGUUGGAUGGAACAUUUGACCCGCUCAUCA